AUGGUUUGUCACGUGAUCGGAAAUGGAUAUAAUGAUUGGAAACAUCUUAGUGAGAGACUUAAAGAACAUGAAAAUAGUAAUGAACAUUUUGUUUGUAUGAGUCAUUGGUAUGAAGCAAAACUAAGAUUAGAUAAAAACCUUACAAGUGAUACUGAAUUACAACAAGAAAUAACAAAAGAAAAAGAACUUUGGAGACAAGUAGUGAGAAGAAUAAUUGCGGCUGUGAAAUUCUUAUAUAAAUAUAAUUUAGCUUUUCGAAGGUCCAAUGAAAAACUUUUUCAAGAUAACAAUGGUAACUUUUUAGGAGUAAUCCAAAUGAUGGUUGAAUAUGAUAGUAUAAUGCAAGAUCAUAUAAGAAGAAUUGACAAUAAUGAAACUCAUCAUCAUUAUCUUGGCUAUAAAAUUCAAAAUGAACUAAUUUCUCUUUUAGGUGACACGGUUAGAAAUUCUAUCAUUAAAAUAGUUAAAGAGGCAAAAUAUUUUUCUAUAAUUCUUGAUUGUACUCCCGAUGUGAGUCAUCAAGAGCAAAUGAAUUUGAUUGUAAGAUAUGCAUUGAAAUUGUUAGAUCUUAAUGUGGAUGAUAUAAUGGGACAAAGCUAUGAUAAUGGGUCUAAUAUGAAAGGAAAACACCAAGGGGUUGAAAAAAGAAUGCUUGAAAUUAAUCCUAGAGCUUUAUAUAUGCCUUUUGCUUGCCAUAGUCUUAACCUUACGGAUAGUGAUAUGACACUUUCUUGUGAAAAAGCUGUUUCAUUUUUUGGAAUUGUGCAACGUCUUUAUACAUUAUUUUCUAGUUCUAAUAAAAGAUGGAAAAUAUUGUUAGAUAAUGUUCCAACUUUAACCUUAAAAUCAUUAUCUAAUACUCGUUGGGAAAGUAGGAUUAAAAGUAUAAAAGCAAUUAGAUUUCAAGCUCCUCAAAUAAAAGUUGAUUUGCUAAAAUUAAGUAAAACAAGUGAUGACCCAAAGUCAAAAAGUGAAGCUAAAAGCUUACUUAAAUCUUUUGGGAAAUUUGAUUUUUUAGUUGGUAUGGUUAUUUGGUAUGAAGUUUUAUUUGCAAUUAAUAUUGUAAGUAAAAAGUUGCAAUCUAAAUCUAUUUUUAUUGAUACUACUAUUAACCAAAUUGAAAAUAUUAUGAAGUUUUUUGAAAAAUAUAGAAAUGAAGGUUUUACAUCAAGUAUGAAUAUUGCUAAAACUAUUGCACUUAAUAUGGGUGUAUAA